CUUCAGACUCCAUUCUCUGAUUCUGCUGCUGGAGCUGCUGAUCUCCGUUGCCACUCAGGGGAGUCGACUCCGACCAAGAAAAUUUUAAAAGAUCCCAUUUACGUCUCCUGAAACCCAUCAUGUCCUGGGCCAGACCUGAGGUGGACCUGCAUGCUGGUGAAGCAGAGGCAACGAACCCCUACAGCCUUGAUGACCACCACUUUGAGGGUUCCCUGUUCCCCACCUCCACCCUCAUCCCCAUCACAAUCAUCUGCAUCCUCAUCUUCAUCGUCGGGGUGACGGGCAACACCAUGACGAUCCUCAUCAUCCAGCACUUCAAGGACAUGAAGACCCCCACUAACCUGUACCUAUCCAGCAUGGCUGUUUCUGACCUGAUCAUUUUCCUGUGCUUGCCCUUUGACCUUUACCGCCUAUGGAAGUAUGUGCCCUGGCUUUUUGGGGAGGCGGUGUGCCGCUUCUACCACUACAUCUUUGAGGGCUGCACCUCUGCCACCAUCCUCCACAUCACCGCUCUGAGCAUUGAGCGUUACCUGGCCAUCAGCUUCCCCCUCAGAAGCAAGGCGAUGGUGACCCGGCGCAGGGUCCAGUACAUCAUCCUGGCCCUGUGGGGCUUCGCCCUGGUGUCUGCAGCCCCCACACUCUUCCUGGUGGGGGUGGAGUAUGACAACGAAACACACCCCGACUUCAACACGGGGCAGUGCAAGCACACCAGCUACGCCAUCAGCUCCGGGCAGCUGCACAUCAUGCUCUGGGUGUCCACCACCUACUUCUUCUGUCCGAUGCUCUGCCUCGCUUUCCUGUACGGCUCCAUUGGCUGCAAGCUGUGGAAAAGUAAAAACGACCUGCAAGGCCAGAGCUCUCUGGCCCGUGAGCGCUCGCACAGACAAACGGUGAAAAUCCUGGUGGUGGUGGUGCUGGCUUUCAUCAUCUGCUGGCUUCCCUACCACAUCGGCAGAAACCUCUUCGCCCAGGUGGACGACUAUGAGACGGCCAUGCUCAGCCAGGACUUCAACAUGGCCUCCAUGGUGCUCUGCUACCUCAGCGCCUCCAUCAACCCGGUGGUGUACAACCUCAUGUCCCGCAAGUACCGGGCUGCCGCCAAACGCCUCUUCCUUCUUCACCAGCGGCCCCGACAGGUCCGCCACGGCCAGAAGCAGCUCUGUGUGACGGAUCCGGUCUCAAACCUGAAUGAAAGCCUGACUGGGGUCUGAGGGGUCAGAGGUCAGAAGAGGAGGAGGAAACUCAGUGAGGAUGUGUGGAGGGAAACAGGGCUCAGUUCUUCACAAAACUUCAGUGCAAACUUCAUUUUCUCACUGAAAUUGACAUUUUUGUCAUAAAAAUAAUCGUUUAGAGUCAGCUUGUGCAGAAAUAUAAAUUGUUUAUGUUUCUAACUUGGAUUUUGUUUGAUACAGUGAGUUAUUUUUGUUUGUUUAUUCUCAUAAACCCCACAUAAAACCGAUAAAGGAGAACAUGAGUUGAUGAAUGCAGAUUAAACUCAAAACAGGCCCACUUCUGUCCGUCUGUGUGUGACACCGGGAACACCUGAGACCGGAGCGUUGGGAUCCGUGAGUACGUGCCGGCCAUCUCGUGUUAUCUGACAUGUUAUUAUAUUAAACCGGCUCUGAGUGAGAUUCACGCUGGCAGCCAACAUCCCUGCACCUCCACAUUCAAACUAAUGGCUGCACUUAAAAGAGGAACAAAGACAUCAGGAUGCAAGCGGCUGCAGAGCUGAUUAUUUUUUACUUUGUGUGGUCUUUCAGUUGCUUUUUUUGUACCUCGUCGACUCAAAUAGUGAAAUAAAAAAGGUUAUGCCAGAGUUCUGUUUUUUAAACCGAAAACUCCUGAAAUAAAUGAUUUUUUUUAGGUUCUGCCGGUUUUACGUUCUGUUCUUUGAACGGAGCUGUCACGAUUCUGACCAUGAAUCAUCAGGCCUUGGUUUGCACAAAUACAAAGAGACGUAAGAGUCCCUCUGGGCUGACUCAUCCGCAUGACACUGCUCUUUCCUCUUCUUUUUUUAAACCGUUAGUCUCUUCAGUAGAAAAGCGAGUGCAGCCUGUAGGCUCGCAUCCUUCAGACUAUUACUGCUGCAGGGGAGCAACACGCACAGGUUCAGAUCAUUUCUUUACUGGUAAUAAAAUGAUUUAUUCUCUAAAAAAGAAUCUACCUAAAAUACAAUAAAAAUAUCUAAUUCAUUCAUUUUGGAUAAAAACAAAAACAAAGCUACACUAAAAGUAUGUCGAUAUGUUUAUUUCAGAGUGGCCCUUAAUCAGUUUAUCUAAAUAAUCCCAUAAGACGAGCGUUCCCUCCCGCUGCUUUAUUAAAUUACUCUGUCCUGGGAUUUUCUAAAUGAUAUUUCCAUGAAACACAAAUCAGCUCAUUAUGUGUGUAUAAGUCGUUUAACACACUUCUAAAUGAUACUGCAUUAGGCUCUUGUGCAUCUGUUCAUAAUUGUUAUUUAAUUAUGUUAUUCUGCUUUUUUUAGUCACAAGUUUUAUUAUUUUCUUUUGCCAGCUCAUCUGUUCUUGUCAGUGUUGUUCCAACCACCAGGUGGAGACAAAGUACUGCAUACAGCCAGCACACAUAGUUAGUCCCCAUAUGGAAUAAAUAUGGGCAAGUCGUAUGGGUCCCACCAGGGUUUGUCCGCGGUUUCCAAGGUGGCCCCAGACGGGUUUGCCCAGAAAGAUUUUUGUCCACGUAGAUUUUAACGGGCCCUUUAAGGGUUUUCAGAGGGUUUGACUUAAACACCAGCUCAUUAAAUCUUUGUGAGCAUUUAUGAGACACAACGUUGCUGUAAUAUUACGCUGAUUUGCCGGCACAAAUGUUUUUUAUUUUUUUGUUGCACUAUUUAAAAUUUAUGUUGACCAAUAAAAGCUUAGCCAUCCUGGUUGGGUCAUUCCAAAGACUUUAAAACGAGGCCCAAGUCCUCCUAGCUUGACACUCGGCUUUAAAGGGUUGGAUUGGGGGGUUAAACCACCAAAUAGUUCCCGAGCGCAGCCGCUGCUGCAGCUCACCCCUCCUCACAGGAUGGGUGAAAUGCAGAGUUCUCCAGUGUGUGGUGAUGAUGAGUAUUGGGACUUUAUAAUGACAUUUACAUUAAAAAUGAGAUAGAAUUAAUAAAAGUAAGGUUAUAUUAAUGUACCUUAAUAAUAUUGAACUUCA